GAAAAAUCUCACUCUCCCUCUAUAACCAAAAUUUUUCGAUUUACAGAUUAAAAAAAAAAACUCAAAUUAUCUGUUUAACCAAUAAAUAGGUUAACCAAAGAGGCAAGAGAAACAAAUGGCGGAGAAAGCGAAGAAGAAGAAAAAUGGAGGAGGAGGAAAUCAGAGAAUAGCGUUUUACAAGCUUUUCACGUUUGCAGAUCGGUACGACAUCGUUUUAAUGGUCAUCGGGACCCUCUCCGCCAUGGCCAACGGCUUAACUCAGCCGUUUAUGUCAAUACUCAUGGGGCAGCUCAUUAACGUUUUUGGUUUCUCUGAUCAUGAUCACGUGUUUAAAGAAGUCUCCAAGGUUGCUGUGAAGUUUCUUUAUCUUGCAGCCUACGCCGGUGUUGUGUCCUUCCUGCAGGUCUCAUGCUGGAUGGUAACUGGGGAGCGUCAAUCCACUAGAAUCCGCCGUCUAUACCUAAAAACAAUUUUAAGACAAGACAUUGGAUUUUUCGAUACUGAGACAAAUACCGGUGAAGUCAUCGGAAGAAUGUCAGGAGACACCAUUCUUAUUCAAGAUUCCAUGGGAGAAAAGGUUGGGAAAUUCACACAGCUCGUUUCGUCAUUCGUUGGUGGAUUCACGGUUGCUUUUAUAGUUGGAAUGAAACUCACAUUGGCUCUUCUUCCGUGCGUUCCUCUGAUCGUGGGCACAGGUGGAGCAAUGACCUAUAUCAUGUCAAAAAAGGCUCAACGUGUUCAACUGGCUUACACAGAAGCUGGAAACGUAGUACAACAAGCCGUUGGGUCAAUUAGAACAGUUGUGGCUUUCACUGGGGAGAAACAAUCAAUGGGAAAAUAUGAGAAGAAGCUUGAGAUAGCCUACAAAUCUAUGGUUAAACAAGGGCUAUACUCCGGUCUAGGCAUUGGGAUAAUGAUGGUUGUGGUAUAUUGUACUUAUGGUUUUGCGAUUUGGUACGGUGCUAGGCAGAUAAUAGAGAAAGGAUAUACUGGAGGUCAAGUCAUGAACGUGAUUACGUCAAUCUUGACUGGAGGAAUGGCGUUGGGGCAGACAUUGCCUUCUCUUAACUCUUUUGCGGCCGGAACAGCUGCAGCUUACAAAAUGUUUGAGACUAUCAAAAGAAAACCAAAGAUCGAUGCUUAUGACAUGAGUGGUGAGGUUUUAGAAGAAAUUAAAGGUGACAUUGAGCUAAGAGACGUGUACUUUCGAUAUCCGGCUAGACCUGACGUGCAGAUAUUUGUUGGAUUUUCGUUGACUGUACCGAAUGGCAUGACCGUGGCUUUGGUGGGACAGAGCGGUAGCGGAAAAUCAACUGUGAUCAGUUUAAUUGAGAGGUUCUACGAUCCGGAAUCAGGAGAAGUUUUAAUAGAUGGAAUUGACUUAAAGAAAUUUCAAGUGAAAUGGAUCAGAAGUAAGAUUGGUCUCGUAAGCCAAGAACCUAUACUAUUUGCUACCACAAUUAGGGAGAACAUUGUUUACGGCAAAAAAGAUGCGUCCGACCAAGAAAUUAGAACCGCACUUAAGCUCGCCAACGCUAGUAACUUCAUCGACAAACUUCCGCAGGGUUUGGAAACGAUGGUAGGAGAGCAUGGGACGCAAUUAUCCGGUGGGCAAAAGCAGAGGAUUGCGAUUGCGAGGGCGAUUUUGAAAAACCCAAAAAUAUUGCUUCUUGAUGAAGCUACAAGCGCUUUGGACGCAGAAUCUGAACGCAUUGUUCAAGAUGCUCUUGUAAAGCUAAUGUUGAGCAGGACCACUGUAGUGGUGGCUCACCGACUUACCACCAUUAGAACCGCUGAUAUGAUCGCUGUUGUGCAGCAGGGAAAAGUCAUUGAGAAAGGAACUCAUGAUGAGAUGAUUAAAGAUCCCGAAGGAACAUAUUCACAGCUAGUUCGUCUACAAGAAGGAUCUAAGAAAGAAGAAGCAAUAGACAAGGAACCAGAAAAGUGUGAAAUGAGUUUGGAAAUCGAAAGUUCGGAUAGCCAAAAUGGAAUCCAUUCCGGCACUCUCACAUCACCAUCUGGUUUACCGGGAGUGAUUAGCUUGGACCAGACGGAAGAGUUCCACGAGAAUAUAUCUUCCACCAAAACUCAAACGGUUAAGAAAGGCAAGGAAGUAUCAUUAAGAAGGCUUGCUCACCUUAACAAACCGGAGAUUUCGGUUUUGUUGCUCGGUUCAUUGGCUGCAGUGAUUCACGGUAUUGUGUUCCCUGUUCAAGGUUUGCUUUUGUCUCGCACAAUCAGGAUAUUCUUUGAGCCUUCAAAUAAACUAAAGAAUGAUUCUCUUUUCUGGGCUCUCAUUUUUGUCGCCCUUGGCUUAACCGACCUGAUUGUGAUUCCGUUACAAAACUACUUAUUCGCUAUCGCUGGAGCAAAACUAAUCAAACGUAUCAGAUCGUUGUCGUUUGAUAGAGUCUUGCACCAAGAUAUAAGUUGGUUCGACGAUACUAAAAAUUCUAGCGGUGUGAUUGGAGCGAGGUUGUCCACGGAUGCUUCUACAGUGAAGAGUAUAGUAGGAGAUGUGUUAGGGUUGAUCAUGCAAAAUAUGGCGACUAUAAUUGGAGCAUUUAUUAUAGCGUUUACGGCUAAUUGGUUAUUAGCUUUAAUGGCCCUUUUGGUGGCACCAGUAAUGUUUUUUCAAGGAUACUACCAGAUCAAGUUUAUAACGGGUUUUGGAGCAAAAGCAAGAGGAAAAUAUGAAGAGGCUAGCCAGGUUGCGAGUGACGCGGUGAGCAGCAUAAGAACAGUUGCAUCGUUCUGCGCAGAGGAUAAAGUGAUGGAUUUAUACCAAGAGAAAUGUGACGAACCAAAGCAACAAGGCUUCAAAUUAGGACUGGUGAGUGGUUUGUGCUAUGGUGGCUCAUACUUGGCUCUCUAUGUCAUCGAGUCCGUAUGCUUUCUCGGCGGUUCCUGGUUGAUUCAGAACAGGAGGGCAACGUUCGGAGAAUUCUUUCAGGUUUUCUUCGCGUUAACUUUGACAGCCGUAGGAGUGACUCAAACUAGUACUAUGGCACCUGACAUAAACAAAGCAAAAGACUCUGCUGCUUCGAUAUUCGAUAUCCUCGAUAGUAAACCGAAAAUCGAUUCGAGUUCCGAGAAAGGGACAAUAUUACCAAUCGUCCACGGCGAUAUCGAGUUGCAACAUGUUAGUUUCCGGUAUCCUAUGCGACCGGAUAUACAGAUUUUUAGUGACUUGUGCUUAACUAUCUCAUCUGGACAGACCGUUGCAUUGGUUGGAGAAAGCGGGAGCGGUAAAUCGACGGUGAUAAGCUUACUAGAGAGAUUCUACGAUCCGGAUUCAGGCAAGAUUCUUUUAGAUCAAGUUGAAAUUCAAUCGUUAAAAUUGAGUUGGUUAAGGGAACAAAUGGGUUUGGUUAGUCAAGAACCGGUUCUGUUCAAUGAGACAAUAGGAUCAAACAUAGCAUAUGGUAAAAUCGGAGGAGCCACAGAGGAAGAGAUUAUAACCGCGGCAAAAGCGGCUAAUGUGCAUAACUUCAUCAGCUCAUUGCCUCAAGGCUACGAAACGUCCGUUGGUGAACGUGGAGUACAAUUAUCCGGUGGUCAAAAACAGAGGAUCGCGAUCGCUCGGGCUAUUCUCAAGGAUCCUAAAAUUUUGUUGCUUGAUGAAGCGACAAGCGCGUUGGAUGCAGAGUCUGAGCGGGUGGUGCAAGAUGCGCUUGAUCAGGUGAUGGUGAACAGGACCACGGUUGUGGUGGCUCACCUGCUCACUACCAUUAAGGACGCUGAUAUGAUCGCGGUUGUGAAGAACGGUGUGAUCGCGGAGAGUGGGAGACAUGAAACGUUAAUGGAGAUUUCAGGUGGUGCUUAUGCAUCGCUUGUAGCUUUUAAUAUGAGUGCAAACUGAGUUAAACUGUUUUUGUUGUCAAUGAUUUACAAUAUGCUAUUACUUAACUUUGUAAUCAUAGAGACUAAAAUUCUAGUGCUAUAAAAAAAAGUUCAAAACGUU